AGGGAAAAUCAAUUUCUCUCCUUCUCAGACCACAUUUAGUUUAGCGUCAAGAAAGACUUAUCCAAUGUUUCGUGGUGCCAAAGCAAGCCGUGUAUGCGCGGUGAACGCCGCUGCCUGGAUGCAGCGCCGCGCGGCUUCCCUCCAGUCGGAGAAGCCAUGCGCUACUCUUGCCGACAAGAUUGUGCGCGGAAAAAUGAAAACGACGUUCUACACUCACCCUAGCUAUGUGAUGUCGCGUGACAAGAUGCUUCAAACGCUCUGGGUGGAUAUUGGCAUCUUCAAUACCUGCGCAUACGUGUUGUUUCCGUUCUUUAUCAUCGCGUACUUCUUCAAAGCGUAA